GUCACAGUUAGUGCGCGAGUACAUUGCGAGCCGGCCGCACGUCUCCACUGCGUUCGAAUAUUUACUAAAGUUAUGUUCACGUGAUUCAAAAUGAAAUUAUUGUGGUGUGUUGUGUUGUUCACAGUUUGCGCCGCAGUUUCAGCGCAAAACGAUUUUGACGGCUCAUUCCCAGACUACUGGGCGAAUGACUUCGACAGUUCUUACGAUGACUUUUAUAAUGAAGAAGAUGCGAAUGAAGAUAAGAACUUGGAGAAACCCAUUGAAACAGGCGAUGUAAGUAAACAAGAGAUAGACGAACCACAGAACGGAGAAGAAAAAAAAGUGGAUAUUCUAGAAGACUAUCAGAUUGAAGACAACAGAUCCAAUGAAAAACAAGGAGCUGUUGAUAAUGCAGGCGAAAAUGAAGAUGUUCUUGUUGAGGCCAAAGAUAAUGAGGAGGACUUAGCUGUCAUACCAUUAGAAGAUGUUCAGCAAGCUGGAGCUCCCAAAGAAAAUGCAGUAGAUGAUAGCGCUAAUUGGGGAGAUGAAGCGGCAGAAGAUAUUGCACCUCUUCCUGUACCAUCAGCAGAAGACAAUAAAGAUAUUUUAGAAGAGACUAGAAAUAUUUUGAAUGAGGACAGUGGAAACUUUGAGGAUCCACAAGACGAAGGCGCAGUUAAUGAGGAAGUUGAUCCAAUUGAUGAACAAGCUCAAAGCUUGAUUGAUGAGACCAACAGACUUUUACAAGAAGAUGACGAUGCGUUUGAAGCGGAUGACUAUGAAAACUCUGAUGAACAAGAUGAAGACAAGAGUGAAGAGGAUAUGUUUAAUGGAGACAAUGAAGAUGAAGACUCCCCCCAGAAAAUUUACGCAGAUCUUAAUGCAGAUUUAGACAAACUGUUUGAAACUCUUGACAAAUUAACCGACGAUAAAUCAGACGAGGAUGAUGUAGACGACGAUGAUGAACAGUAUGACAACGUUCAAGAAUAUGAGGAAAAAUACCAAAAGCCUUAUAAAGAAGAUGUUGUUUUGGCUUUGCGAGAAAAUGAAGCUGAAGGUGCCAAACGCAACCUUUUGAAUGAAUUCAGUAAUGAACAACAAUCAGCUGAAGCUGACGAAAAUCUGGAUGAAAACGAAGAUUCUGACGACUACGAAGUUAUUGAUGACAGCAAUUUGUCAGAUAUUUUUGCUGCGUUUGCAAACCAAACUGAUAACGAACAACAAGAUCUAAACAACGAGGACCACCAAGAACCAGCUGAACCAGUUGAACAAGCCGCGGAAGACAAUGUCGAAGAGGGCGACCAAGCUGAAACUUCGAAAACAAGUACGACUGAAAAUGCACAGGAAAUAUUCGACUACAUUGACAAUUUCGGUGAACCAGUUGAUCCUGAACCAAGUGCUGAUGAAGAUAUUGACAGCGUCAUCAGACAAGUGUUCUCCGACGACAUUAAAGAACCUCAGUCGUAUGGUAACGAUGCUUUAGUUGACGAUACUCAACCCAAGAAUGAUGACGCCGAAGAAAUUGAUGCGGCUGAGGCAAGUACCACUCAAGCCAACGAAGCACCCACAACAGAAAACACCGACGAUUUAUCAAGCGCAGAACUCAGUGAUUUAAUGACAAAGUUCGUGGCUGAGCACAGUGAAGAUCUGGAUAUGAAGUCUGAAAACUUCGAGAAGCACGUUGCACCGAUACGCAUAACUUUGUCUCCUGAUGAGCCAGUAGUUGUGACGUCACCAAACUGGCCUAACAACUAUCCCAGCAACAACAUUGUUGACUGGAUAUUUGAAGGCCCAGGAACAGGCAUCGAGAUGAACAUCACCGAGUUCAACAUUAACGGUGGCAGAGGAGACUAUCUUCUCAUUAAGCCAGGUGGAUUAGACGAGAGCGGUAAUGAUGGGUUAAUCUUCUCGUAUCAAUUACACUCUGAGCGGAAAUAUAGAUUUGUCGGCGUCGACAGAAUGUUUGCCAGGUUCGAGUCUAAGGGUGGCUGGGCCUUACUUAAAGGAUUCCGACUUACUGUCAAACUGAUUUGGCCUUUACCACCAACAGCUGAGGAGGUGGACCCAGUACCCCAGCCCAUCAUAAUGCCUCCCAACCAGACGCUGGUCCUCAACCUGGCUGGAGUCAGCAUGCCCCAGUUCCACGAGGUGCACGAGGAGUUCAAGAAGCUGGUCGCGGACAUGGCUGAGGAGUACAUCAGGGAUAAUGAUAUCGAUCCUGGACUGAAUACCACUUUGGAAGUAACCCAGAUCACAAGGACGGCUGUGUGCAACAUCCACUGGCCGAACUACGAGACCUGCGUGGAGGUCGUGUUCGGGGUGCCGCUGCAGUACGAGGGUGAUGAGGAGGCGGAGCCGCGCCUGACUGCCGAGGACCUGGACACCAUGUGGACCACCUACAUCGCGCAGGAGAAGUACUCCAGCCGGCUGAGGGCGUUGGGUAUUACUGAGUAUGCGAUCCCGAACGACCGCACGGUGCUCAUGGUGUGGCUGGUGAUAGCGUCCGGAGUGGUGCUCUCCAUGGCCAUGCUCGCCUUCGCGUUGUGGAGGUUCAGCUGCUUUGAGGAUUACACCAGGAUGCGCGCGUUCAGCGACACAGACAGCCUGAAGAACGAGAAGCGCACCCUGGACCUGUACCCCACGCCGCACCAGACGCUCCCGCCGCUCUACACCGAGAACGACUACAAGUGGGCCGACCACAAGUACGAUGACUCCACCAGAGUGGACCUGGGAGGCUUUUCCAACAAGAGUUAUGUCCGGGAUGACCUGUUCGAUUUGGACUCGGACGAAGACGCGAUCACCACACGCGACAGGUACACUACAAACGUGUAGCCGUUACUAUCACCUCUAGCGCAUGCGCACAACGGAGCGCUGUAAGUCCCCGAGACUUUUACGAAGUGUGAAGUGUAUGUAAAGUUAUUCCAAAUUAUCGAUAUCGAUAUAUCAAUGAAACAAAGUUUUGUAAAUUGUACGAAUUCUAACUAGAACUAUGGUUUUUUGUUUAUCGAUAUAUCGAUAAAGAUGUUUAGUACGAUUAAUUUCAGGUUACGUAGUUAUCGUAAGAAUUAACUGUUUUGUGAUUUUAAUUAAAUUUUAAUAUUACUUUGUGGAUACUGUCAUUAUUUUAUAAUCGAUUUGAAAGUUUGAUAGCUUUUUAUAUAUUUCGAUAAUUAAUGGCACAUAACUAUUAAAAUAAUUUGUAUCAUGGCCUAAACUAAAAUUAAAGUUUGGAUAUCGAAUAAUAUAUAUAUAUCAAACUUCUUAAAAUCAAUUGAAAUAUUAUAAGGAGGGUAAGCAAUGAUGUCUAAAACCUCUACCUAUUAUAUUUAUCGUUAAAAGUGUUAUCGAAACACCCAAAAACUUGCAUUUAUAUUUUUAAUAGACUUUAGGUUAGUUUCCCGUACUUUUAUAAUUUAAUGGCGGUAUCCACAAAGUACUGUAAUAAUAGAUAUUAUACCGUUGUAUACUUAAUAGAUAUACAUAUAGUUAGAUAUUGUAAAGUACAUUAUAUCAAAAUGUUGUGAUUUUAGUUUUUUUAUAAAGAAAAUCUUUAAC